GCAGCUAAGAAUGGAGCAACGGGUGUUGAGCUGGAUCUUGAAUUUACUGCAGAUGGUGUUCCCAUUCUAAUGCACGAUGAAACAGUAGAAAGAACAACUGAUGGGUCUGGAAGACUGUGUGACUUGACUUUUGAUGAAAUUAGGAGACUUAAUCCAUCCGCAAAACACAAGCGAGGGAGCAAAUUCCAGGGUGAAAAGGUACCAACUCUGAGAGAAGCUGUUGUGGAGUCUAUGCAUCACAAUCUUAUUAUCUACUUUGAUGUCAAAGGCCAUGCAAAUCAGGCAGUUGAUGCCCUAAAACAACUCUACCUGGAAUUUCCGCGUUUGUAUAACAACAGCGUAGUCUGUUCUUUCAUGCCAGAUGUUGUUUAUAAGAUGAGACAAGCUGACAGAAAUGUUGUAACUGCACUAACACACAGGCCCUGGCAGCUGAGCCAUCUGGGAGAUGGGACACCCCGUUUCAGCUCCUCCUGGAAACAUUAUUUGUAUAUGAUAAUGGAUGUCAUUCUGGAUUGGAGCCUACACAGUUUCUUGUGGCGAUUGUGUGGGGUUUCAGCUUUCCUCAUACAGAAAAAUUUUGUUUCUCAAGAGUAUGUGAGGCACUGGUCUUCAAAAGGAAUUCACGUGGUUGCCUGGACAGUGAACACAUUUGCAGAAAAAAGCUACUAUGAAACAGUCCUUGGAUCCAGCUACAUCACCGACAGCUUGGUGGAAGACUGUGAUCCGCAUUACUAGCAUGCUCUGUAGCCACUCACCAACCGGAAUAAGCUGCCUCACGUGGGCAGGUCCGGAUUCACCAU